UCUCCGAAGAACAUACACGAUACGAAGACAAAAUGAAAUUGUUCGCAGUAUUCGCUUUACUUGCCGUAGCAUCAGCAGCACCACAAAAUCCCCAGGAUGUUCAAAUCGUGCGAUACGACUCAAACAACUCCGGAUUAGAUUCAUACAGUUUUGCAUGGGAGCUAUCCGACGGCAGUAAACAUGAGGAGCAAGGACAGUUGAAGAACCAAGGCACUGAAAACGAGGGUAUAGCGGUGCAGGGGCAGUACGCGUGGGUGGGCCCCGACGGUGUACUGUACACCGUGACGUAUGUCGCCGACGAGAACGGAUUCCAGCCGCAGAUAGAGCAGGGGCCAGGUGGCGCCAUACCCUCAGCUGUCGUCGCCUCGCUCGUCGGUUGAGUAAUGAUGGAAUCGGUGUAAAUAGGA